GGCCGGGGCUGGCGGCGUCCUCGUGGUUCUGUGUGGUUGUGGUUCUUCCGUCGUCGUGCAUGGGUCUCCAUGGUGACGGCAGGGCCCGGACCCGGGGACCGGCAGCCCGAGUGGGGCCGCGGGGUUCCGGGGGCCUCCGCGGCGGCGUGGCCGUGUUCGCCGCCGUGGCCGCCGUGUUCACGCUCACGCUGCCCCCCUCGGUGCCGGGGGGAGACUCGGGGGAACUGAUCACAGCCGCACAUGAGCUUGGAGUUGCCCAUCCUCCUGGCUAUCCGUUGUUCACCUUGGUGGCUAAACUGGCGAUGAUACUGUUUCCUUUUGGUUCUAUUGCCUACCGAGUCAACCUUCUCUGUGGCUUAUUUGGAGCAGUAGCUGCAUCGUUACUGUUUUUCACCGUUUUCAGGCUUUCUGGCUCGUAUGCUGGAGGAAUCCUUGCUGCGGGGGUGUUUUCAUUUUCUCGUCUAACAUGGCAGUGGUCCAUUGCAGCAGAGGUUUUCAGCUUAAACAAUCUGUUUGUGGGGCUGCUUAUGGCUCUCACUGUACACUUUGAGGAGGCAGCAACUGCAAAGGAGAGAUCAAAGAUAGCAAAAAUUGGUGCUUUCUGUUGUGGCCUUAGUUUAUGUAACCAACACACAAUACUGCUGUAUGUUUUGUGUAUAAUACCUUGGAUCCUCUCUCAACUUCUAAAGGAAAAGGAACUGUCUCCGAGCUGUUUGCUGACAUUGACUCUGUCCUUCUCUGCUGGUUUGCUACCUUACGUGUACCUCCCUAUCUCAUCCUACAUCAAUCAUGCCCGCUGGACCUGGGGGGACCAGACGACACUGCGAGGAUUUCUGACACAUUUUCUCAGGGAAGAAUAUGGAACAUUCAGCCUGGCCAAAUCUGAAAUAGGAUCCAGUAUUUCUACAAUAUUAUUUUCUCAAGUAACCAGUAUGAAGACAGAGCUUUCAUUCAAUAUCCAAGCCCUUGCAGUCUGGGCUAAUAUAUGUUCUGUAAAAAAGGACAGACAGACUCCAUCUCUAGUUCGGCUUUUUACUGCAAUGUUUUGCAUUUAUUCAUUAUUCUUUGCAUGGAGGGCAAAUCUAGAUAUUUCAAAACCACUUUUCAUGGGUGUGGUGGAACGAUUCUGGAUGCAAAGCAAUGCUGUGGUGGCCGUCCUUGCUGGCGUUGGUUUGUCUGCACUUGUGUCUGAGACUAAUCGAGUGCUGAACAGCAGUGGGCUGCAGCAUCUGGAGUGGCUUUCAGCAACUCUGUUUGUAGUUUACCAGCUAUAUUCUAAUUACAGUAUUUGUGACCAAAGAACCAACAAUGUGAUUGAUAAAUUUGCAAAGAACCUUCUAGACUCUAUGCCUCAUGAUGCAAUCAUCUUACUCAGAGGAGAUUUACCUGGAAAUUCUCUUCGUUACAUGCAUUACUGUGAGGGGCUGAGACCUGAUAUUUCAUUAGUAGACCAAGAAAUGAUGACUUAUGAGUGGUAUUUACCCAAGAUGGCAAGGCAUUUACCAGGAGUCCACUUUCCUGGAGACCGGUGGAAUCCUGUGGAAGGAGUAUUACCCAGUGGAAUGGUCACAUUUAAUCUUCAUCACUUUCUUGAAAUAAAUAAACAAAAAGAAACAUUUGCUUGCAUUGGAAUCCAUGAAGGUGACCCGACCUGGAGAAAGAACUAUUCACUUUGGCCUUGGGGCUCUUGUGACAAAUUAGUUCCUUCAGAGAUUGUAUUCAACCCUGAGAAAUGGAUUACACUAACAAGAAACCUUUAUAAUUGGACUGAAGAAUAUGGAAGGUUUGAUCCAUCUUCUUGGGAAUCUGUGGCCAAUGAAGAAAUGUGGCAAGCCAGGAUGAAAACCCCAUUCUUCCUCUUUAGCCUGGCAGAAACCACAGAUAUGCCGUCCAGGGUGAAAGGUCGACUCUACACUCAUGCAUAUAACUUGUAUAAGGAGAUUGUCAAUUUACAAAAGGAGCACCCAGUGAAUUGGCACAAGAACUAUGCCAUCGCCUGUGAGCGGAUGCUGCGUCUUCAGGAGAGAGACACAGACCUGGAAGUCCUGUUGUCUGCAACCAUCAAACAUUUUCGUCUCUAUACUCAAAAAGCACAAAAUGAUCCCCAGCUAGCUGAUAUUUCAGUUGCUCUCAAUCACCUAAGAAAAGAACUGCAAAGCCUGAGAAACAGGAAAAAGGCCUGACCCAGCAAGAAGUGAAAAACUGCUUGUCAUUUUGCUUCCAAAAUUCUGAAGUCCAAAAGUUUUUCCUCCAAGCAAAAACAAAAACAAACAAAACAAAAAGCUAGCAGCACUGCAUGAGGAUGCUCCACCUGAGAUGUACUAUGUAUGCAAAUUCUGUUUAUUCUGUGUUCCCAAAUUAGCAUUUCCACAGAGGCUUUCAGAAACAUCCUUCCACACUCACUCACCAAAUGACUAGGUCCAUACUAGGUUCUACAUGACUAGUUUUCCUAUACUGAAACUAUUAAUCAUAAGUCUUUUAAGGGCUGUGCUUAUUAGGAUCAGUUUUAAAAGUUAAAUUCUUAAAAUCUUCAUACCAACUCCAAGACGCUUUCUAUUUCUUGCAAGUGAAAUGGUUUUUUAAAAGAAGGAACCUUGACAUGCUUCAUUUUAGGGUUUCUUUUUUAAGUAAUGGCUUGUUCCACCAUCUCAUACUUCAUACUACUUACCUUUCCCAGUAGGUGUUAUUCUGAAAAAAGUUUGAAUCGUAAUGUAACCGAUAGCUUUCCUACAAUCACCAAAAAGAAAAGCUAAUUUAAUGUUUGCUUAUUUCAGUUACAGAAAUGAAUGGCAAAUAAAAAGUAUUUUCUAUUUACUCAA